GCCGCAACAAUGCGUGUGUACGUGUUGUGGCUGCUGACAGCUGCCGCGCUGCUAGCGGCGGCCACUCAAGCGGCGCACGUACGGGAGGCGAGCAGUAGCAGCUUGGCCAGCAACUAUGCAAAUGACCCACGACCUGAUGCUGUGAACGAAGAAACGAGUGAUAUUUUGGGCACUGGCGGUGUCUACGAAUUUCGACUACCACAACCGCAAAUAAACAAAGAACAACAGCAAAAUCAGCAACAGCAGCAUCCAAAUCAACAUAAAACAAAGUGGCCCAACACCACCGCCACUUAUGUGACCACAACAAAAACGAGCAGCAGCAGCAGCAGCAGUGCCAAUCAGAUGUCGACAAAAUGGUCGACCACACGUCCGGCGAGCUCCACUACCGCCACAAGCGGUAACAAAGCUGCCAGUGUCAGUAGCUCGGCUACAACGCCAGCACAGGCCAGUCACCAAACCGGUUUUGCAUACAAUGUUUCGGUAACACCACAGCAGCCAUCGCAACACACUGUAACUCCUGCUGCUGCUAAUGACGAGACGGCAGUGACCUUUGGCGCCGAGAGCGAUGGUGAAUCAUCAAAGAAAAUUAUUGGUUCCAGUGUCGUUACGUCCGUCUCGGUAAAACUCAAUGGUGAUGAACCGGAAUACACUGAUGCCCUGGGACACAAGGUACCAAAACCACAGCCUUCACUUCAAGUGGCCAGCCCCAUCGAUCUACUCAACCCCGAUCGCUACGAAUUUUACACGUUCGAUGAGAAUGGUGAACUGGUGAAACGUCUCAUGACAAUGGAGGAAAUACAGAGUAUUGUGGCGAAUGGAGAUGGUGAAAAUUCAUCUAUUAUACAGCACGUGUCCAAAGAUGACCGUGAACCGGACAAAAAUGUUCAGGAUAUAGUCGAUAGUGUACAGAACGUACUCAACAAGGAAGUGGAAUCGAAUAAAAAUGUGUCCAAGGAUGCACUACCUGUACUGGAUACGCCCGAUGUUACCUCAUCGUGGUCCAUGAUUUUACCCGCCAUAUUCGGUAAUGGCGGCGGUGAUAUUUUCCCACAACAGAAACCUCAACAAAUUGUUAUGACACCCGAUUCCGAGCUGUUGGAGACUUCAACAAAUUCUCCACCCCCCACGCAUGCUACGAAACGUCCGAAGCCGAACAAACGUAAACCGGGCCAAAAACGUAAGCCAACAACACCGGCGCCUACUACAACAUCCACCGCAAUUACGCCACAAGUUGUGCAAGAGGAAUUAGGCCCGAAUGAGUCUGUCUACACUGGCAUGCAACAGUACCAAAAUGUCGCUGCGAAUAUGCAACACUUCGAUGGAUUCUCACAAUUGCAAAUGCAACCAAUCUAUCAUAAACUGCCUGAAUAUACCCAAGUAGAGACAACAACUCGACGCGUGUUCGUCAACAAUCAAGAAAUAAUACAAAGUGUGGCCACAGCACGUCCAACGUCGGCAGAAAAUGACGCCGAACUGAAUGAAAACUACGGCAAGCGGCCACCUGUGGUGGUCUAUAAGCGACCAGUGGCACCAAAUCGCCACAAAACGCCGAACGGCGGUGAGGGCUCGGGUACGACCAAGAAACCACAAGGUGGACACAACAAGCAGAAGAUAAAGAAGAAGCCGACUGUAGCAACAACGACAACCACAACAACACCGAAACCCGAACCGACAACCACCACAACAACUACUACUACAACCGAGCCUACUACAACAUCUACAACAACAACAACUACAACGACACCGGAGCCGCCAACAACUAUAGCACCUGAACCGAUAACAAGCACGACCACAGCCAAACCAAGCUCUACCACACCAAAAAAGAAGAAGAAGAAACCAACACGACAGCCCGGUCAAGGCAACGGCAAUGGCAAUGGUAAGCCACAUCCAGCUGGAGAGAAGCGCAAGCCCGCUAACGGCAAACCGCGUCCCACUGGCGCUGGCCAACACAAUACACACAGGCCACAACAGGCCGGUAAUGGCGGUGCACAGCACACAGCCAACAAACACCAACCAGCCGCCGAUGUACCUGUGACUACGCCCGCAACGACUGAACCAACUAUCAAUAAACACAAUAUCACUGUGAGCCACAAACCGAAUAGGACGCGACCGCGGCCACACAAGAAGCCGGCUGGCUCAACAACUACCACAACAACACCGGAACCAACCACAACCAGUACUACUACAACCACUACACCGGAGCCUACCACCACCACCACGACAACGACGACGCCAGCACCAACGACAACAACAACCACUACCACUACUACCCCAGCGCCCACUACCAGCACUACAACAACAACCACAGAAAAAGCUUUGGUUGUGGAGCAUUUCCCUGGCUACCAUCCCAUACACGUGAAGCCUUCGCAUGCCAAUAAACGUCCUGGCGUAUCUGCGUAUCCAGUGCCUGACUACAAACCUACAGAGCAUGAUGUGCAUGAGACCGCCGUUGAGUCUGACCCGGUUGAUUAUGGACAAUUCAAGCGCAAGCCUUUGCCAUCACUCGCACAAAUUCAACAACAGCACCACAAACCAGCCGACAAACCAAUUUCGUUAGACGAACAAAAUACGUUGUCAUCUUUCGAUCAAAUUAUGGAGUCUCUUAAGGAAGAACUUUCGAACAAUGCCGAUGCUGAUAUAAAUGAGUCAAGCGCUUCUGAAACACAGCCUGUUACACAAAAACCUGUAGGAGUAGAGUCGUCAAAGGAACCUGGCACAUCUAUAAGCGAGCCCAUGGAUGGAACCUCAGCUGCUCAGUCUUCAACAACCAGCAGCCAAGAGGCAUACGGAGAAAAGGAAGUUAAAAAUGAUGUAGUGCACAUCGUUAGCGUGGAGCAAGAAGAUGUGGCCACAGUGGAGGACGUAUCAGUUACCACAAUAAGUCCGCCAACAUUGGCGGCGACGUCCGAAGAAACAACGAAGAAAACAACCGUGCAGCCAAUAUUGGUUGGCACCACUGAGGAGCAAGUUGAGCAGGAAUUAUCUGAUACCACAAAUGUUUCAGAGUAUUCAAUUGAAGAAAAAGAACAAAGUGCUAGCGAACCUAUCAAAUUGGAGGUACUUGAAGAGCAGGAGACCGAUAAUAACGGUGAAGAUUUGUCACAUGUUGUUAAAUUUGAGCCACUUUAUGCUGACGUACAAGAGCCAAUAGUCACCGAAAUAACAACUGCAUUGCCCGAUGACUUAGAUGACACAACUGUGGUGGAAGUCGUAGACAAAGUGGUUGUACAAUCAGCGCAUGGUAUUGCUCAAACAAUUGAGGAGAGUAGCACUGAGUACCACAUACCAGCAGUAAAGGUUACACAAAAAGUAGAGACUAUGAUAGCAGAGGAUAGUUCAUCUACAGAGCCUCCACCACAGGUAGCCGAUCUAAAACCGCACUUAAAUAUGGAAGUACUUAAACCGAUUGAUCAAAUAAAUAUGUCUGACUUCCAAACGCAGGCGGCAACCGUGGCUUCAACACUGGUGGAUGGCACCAACACAAUUACAUCUAAUGUAGAUAUGAGUUCCAAUGAGACACGCAGUGAAAUCGAUUUCCUCUUAUCCGAUGUUAUACAACAAAUGACUGGACAUAAACCAGACGAAGAUCGUCCAGACCCAGUGGAGGAUAGCAACCGUUUGACAAACUUUGCGCAACUUAAUUCAUCCUUCUUACUGAAACCAGCGCAGACGGCAAUUGAGCAGAGCAAUGUGGACGAGGAAGGUUUACCAGCCUACGGAGGUGUGCAAAUUACAAGCAGCGCGCUGAAUGCGCCACCUCUCAAAGAGCCUGCAAAAGCGCCCAUUGUAGAGCCCUUAGUAGUGCCUGCGGCAGAACCAGUGAGUGAAGCCGAUUAUAACUUGACGACAGAGACUGAUAACGCAACAGAAGUUUUGGUAUAUGCUUCGCAGGAAGACGUUAAAGCAGAGGACCAGAAUACCAGUUUCAAGCCAGCUAGUACAGAUAAGCUAGAGAAGGAAAACAAGGCCGAACUUUCAAAAGAAAAUUCAGCUAAAGAAGAUACCGAACUGGAAAAUGAAAAUCAGGAGGAAAGUGUGGGAAAAGAUGAAGUGGAGCAAAUCUCUCAAACGCAAUCGGAAAGUUUGAACCAAGAAGAAAAGGAACAUGCCGUAGAAACACAAUCGGAAAGCUCGGAAGGCGUGGAGCAAAAUACAGACAUAGAAUCGAGUAGUUCCGAGAAGGACCAAGUACAAGAUAAGCUCGCAGAAAAGCUUGAAAAUUUACAAAACAAUGAAGGUCUGGGGACAACCGAGGAAACUUAUUAUGAAACUACGGCAGUGAAGGAGCAAAUACCCUCUUUGUCGCAUAUUUACGCCAUACAACAACAAGAAUUCGAGACUAAAGAAACUGAAAACCAAGCGCAAAAAGACAAAGAAGACCCACAGUCUGAAAAAACACCGAUACAACAGGUUUCAAUUUCUAAGGAACCACUUAAAGAAUCAGAGACAAUUAUAUUAGAAGAACAAUUGAGCGCCGAAUCCAGCAACGAAGAGAAGAAAGAACAAAUGACAAGCGCCGAAGUGAUAAUUACGGAAAUAGCUAAGAUUAACGAGGCAGAAAGGGAGAAGAAUGGUGAAAAGAAUGGCGAAAAGAAUAAUGGUGGUGAAGAAGUAAGUCAAUCUGAAAAGGAAGAGGAUGAGUUGAAUGCAACAACAGAAGACUUCACUGCGCAAACUGAGAAGAAUUUAAUAGACGAAACAACACCAGCAGAGGUACAGAAAUUAGCUGAGGAUCAAAGCACAGUUGAGCAAGUAGAAGAAAUGCCUAUUGCAACUGAAAAGCCAACAAUGCAAUCAACGGAGAUUUCAAACGAAACUGAGAAGACGCAGAUAACUAGUUUAGCAGAAGACGAUAUUAGAAAGGAAGAUACUGAAGAAGAUGUUAGCGAAUCGAGUAAUAAAGACGCUGUGGAAAGUGCGAAUCAUGCCAGCGAAAAGGAGAGCGAUGAAAAAGACAAAAUCGAAAAUAAUGCAAACGAAGCUACAACUGAUUCGGAAGAUCUCAAUGAAAAGGGUGGGUCCACAGAGAAGGAUACCAGUGAACAGCUUGUCGAAAGUAGUUCCACAUACAUCGAUAUUACUGCUGAGGAAAGUCACGAUAUUAGAAUGAAACCCGAUUCCGCGGAUAUAACCGACAACUCAAAGGACAAGGAAACUACGAGCAAUGAAGACGAUAAUGUAACUAACGCAGCCAAUAUACAGCACCACUACACCAACGUGCCACCAGCUGAGCAAACAGAAUCGAAUGAUAGACAGGAACCCAGCAGUGAAGUAGCAACCGAAAUUGAAGUGACUACGGCGCUGCCGGUCGAAGAGAUUAUCACGACCGAAAAGAAUGCUGUAGAACAUGAAAAUGAAAGCGCAGAACAUGAAACCGUUACUGAUGUUACGAUAAUGAUAUCUGAUGAAAUCGACAGCACAGAAUCCGAUGAAGAUCCCUAUAUUAAACUUGGUGAGACCACUAUAAAAUACACUGAAAGCUUGAACAACGUUGAUGUAUCGGACAACGUCAUGAGCGCCGAAGAAGAGGCAACAAGCACUGAAGGCGCUGAUAUUGAGCUAACGUCACCAACGCUACCACAACCGAUACAAGUGGAUGUGUCGGAGUCAACGACGCAAGAUGUGCAGCAGUCUAACGAAGAGGCUGAAGAGGAAUCCCAGCCAACGCAGUUUGCUGAAAACGUAGUUGCAGCAGAGCCAUCAAAAGAGUCAGAUGCAAUUACAAACACAUCUGUGGACGAGGCGAACACGUCAGAUUCGAUCGAGCAAAGCGAUGUAACCGAACAAGCUCCAACUCAGCAAACAACAAAUCCGAUUCAAACUUUUAUUACACAACAACGACCUCAAGUGCCACAACUCAACAAUGAAUAUCGUCCUGAUCCGCAGAACCCAGCAGAUGUAGGUGACCAAACCACUUACAUUAUACCCAAAUUCCCCACAAGCCCAGUGCUUGCUGCGCUCUCAACACCCGUGGGAAAUGUGCCAUCUUCAACGGCCACCAGUUCAACCACUUCGACCACUAAUGCACCCAAAUCUACGUCAACGACUACCAAACGCAUACACACACUCAAACCGGUCUCGUAUUAUAAUAAGCACACUGGCAUAAAUGCGCCGAAACCUAUAGAGCCAACUAAAAUCCUGCCAUACUCAGCCAACACCGCCCAACAACGUCCGAUGCAGCGUCCAGCACAACUGAAUAACCUGAUGGCCACAUCUACGCAGGCAACCCGACCGCCUGUCAAAAUGGACCCCAGUCCCACAAGCUCGAAGGGGCUCGAAGCCUCCGUUACGCACUUGGACGAAGAUCUGCAGUCUUUCGUUAAACUCUGCAAUGAGUUGGCCUUCAGUUAUUGGAAGUCCAUCACAUCGGAAAAGAUUAGCUCCGCGCGCAGUCUGGUAAUAUCGCCGUUCGCACUAACCUCCAUGUUAUCAAUGGUCUUCCUCGGCGCACGCGGCAGCACAUCAGGCGAAAUGAACGAGGUGCUGAAAUUGGAUGAUAUGGUCACCUUCAAUCCGCAUUUGGUAUUCAGAAAUAUUACCGACUCUGUGGAGCGCGCAACUGACAGCGACAUUGCCACAACAGCCUUCGUGCGCGAAAUAUUCAGCGAUCGCGCAAAUGGCAAAAUACUACAAUUCUUCAAGGAAAAGACACAACAAUUCUAUUCGGGACACGUAGAGGAAGUGAAUUUCCAUGUGGUGAACGACGUCAUACGCCGUCGCACGAAUCUGCUCGUUAAGCGCCACACAAUGGGCAAAGUGCUCGAGUAUUUGCGCACAAAUAGUCUCUGGGUUAACGGCCCACUGGCAACCAUUUCGGCUAAUCUCUUCCAGACAGACUGCCGACGCGGCUCUACGCAAUUGACUGAUGGCGAAAUGUUCUUCCAGGUGCAUCCUUCUGUGCGCCAACGUCGUCUCAUACCCAUACCGGCAGUUUUGUACAAGAGCGGCUUCGCCGCUGGCUAUGAGCCUAAGUUGGAUGCCACAAUUGUGGCAUUUGGCAGCAUUCAAGAUACCGUUAGCACCGUUUAUGUUAUGCCCGGCCACCAAAGUACACUUUCGCCGGCGGAAAGUUUGGAACGGCUUGAACGUGAGCUCGUGGAGCAAGCUAUUAGCAAGAACGCCUGGAGUAAUAUACUCACCUCGUUGAUGGACCGGCCUGGCAUGGAGGUGCAAUUGCCACGUUUCUCGCACAGAUCGUUCGUGAACGCCUCACUGGGUUUGCAGAAAAUGGGUCUGAAGGGACUUUUCAAAUCUGAUUUCGCAGACUUGCGCGGUCUUACUGGCUCCUCGAAUCGCGACAUUUACCUUUCGGACGUCAUACAAAUUAACACCUUCAGCACUUGUGGUGAGGAGAAGAUCGCCGAUCAUCAUCACGUCGAAAUGUAUCCAGCACCACCGCUACGCAAACGCAACAAGGACUUGGGCGCUAAUGAUGAUGGCGCCUACGACUCAUCUGAGGCUGUCAUUGACUUCGGCUCGCUGGUGCAUGACUCUGCACUCGGUCGUGGCUUCUACGAUGACCUGCUGGAUCCGAAAUAUUUGGAGUUGCCAUUAUCUCUGCGUCCACGGCAGGCACGCGUACCCGACGCGCCACGACUACGCUUCGACAAACCCUUCCUCUACUUCGUGCGCCACAAUCCAACGGGCAUCAUACUCUUCAUGGGUCGCUUCAACCCACGGCUACUGCCGUGAGAGAAGCGCUAGAGCAGCUGCAAAUCGUCGGAUUUUAUGCACACGUGCAUUCACAUUCAUAACUCAGAAGACUAAAAGCACGGAAAAUGGCAUUUCAAUUUGAUUUUGGUGGCACUUUUUUAUAUGAAUAUGUUUGCACGUGAAUAUCCACAUACAUAUGCGUCUGCCGCAGCCGCAUUUGUUUGCAUAAAUGCGAACAUAAGCCAAACUAGCAUUUUUUUUGUUUAAAUGAGCAUUUUCGUUAAUAUGUCGGGCGCAUUUUUAGUGAAAUUUUAUUUGUAAUUUUUUUUCUCGAAAAUGUUUCAUUUUAAAUUCGAACAAUUAGCACUUAAGUUUAAAUAAAUUAUAUUAAUUCUAUGAAGUACUUAGUACCGUUCGACCAAACGGAUGGUAGAUGCCAAUUGUCUUUGUUGUGCCUUAAUCACGAAUCAUCCUCAUCCGCAUCCGCAGCAGCAUGCCCCACACCCACGCUCGCCAGAAUGCAAAGUUUGUGUGGCCACUCCCCUUGGAUUCGAGAUUGAUGUGCGACAUGCAGCUCUAUUAAUUUGUACGCUAUUAAAUUUAAGUUACGAAUUACUUUUUCUAUGCAAAUUAUUGUUAAAAUAAAUUCGAUUUUUUUUUUUAUGUAAUUUUUGAUUUUAAUAUUGUUUGUAAUAUGGAAGCACACACUACUAAAUAUAAUUUGUUAUCAUUUAAGUUGAUAUCAUAUUGAAACACUAUCUACGUAUUAAAAUUAUUUAUUAUUUUUUUAUUUUUUAAAUCGCUGGAGGUAAUAAGUGAUGAUUUCUGUCUCGCUAAUUUAUGUACGUAGUAAAAAUUAUAGCAUAUUUACAUAAACAUGCAUACACCCAUGCUCAA